UAAUUAAACUCUUGCCAUACCGCAAACGUGGGCGCUUCUGUAAUAAAAAAAUAAAAAAGUUAGCAUCUUUCACCAGAUUCCUAAAAUCGAAACUCGUGAACACUCUGAAAGUUAAAUAAGUGCUAAAGGUGGCAACUUUUCAGUGAUUUACGAUCUGGGCUUCUUUUAAAUUCGCUUCAAGAAAAUCACUGAAAAUAGAGAGAGAGGAGAGAGAGAGAGAUCUAGAGAGAGAGAAUGGCAACAGAUAUGGUGGUUUUGCAGCACGCUGACGUGGAAAAUGGAAAUGGAAAUGGGUGCUGUAAGAAAGGGCCUGGUUAUGCUACUCCUCUUGCAGCCAUGUCUGGUCCAAGGGAAACCCUUAUCUAUGUCACUUGUGUUUAUACAGGAACGGGAAAAGAAAAUCCCGAUUAUCUUGCGACAGUCGACAUAGAUCCGAAUUCACCGACGUAUUCGAAAGUUAUACACAGGCUGCCAAUGCCUUACAUUGGAGAUGAACUCCAUCAUUCUGGUUGGAAUUCUUGCAGCUCUUGUCAUGGAGAUUCCUCUGCUUCUAGAAGAUUCCUUGUCCUCCCUUCACUCGUGUCGGGUCGGAUAUAUGCAAUCGAUACUUUGAAAGAUCCAAAAGCGCCGAGUUUAUAUAAAAUAGUCGAUCCAAAGGAAGUAAUCCAAAAGACGGGAUUAGCGUACCCUCAUACAGCUCACUGCCUUGCCUCGGGCGAAAUCAUGCUAUCGUGUCUUGGAGAUAAAGACGGAAAUGCCGAAGGAAAUGGAUUUCUUUUGCUCGACUCCGAUUUCAAUGUCAAAGGAAGGUGGGAAAAACCGGGACACAGCCCGACUUUCGGGUACGAUUUUUGGUACCAACCAAGGCACAAAACCAUGAUAAGCACUUCUUGGGGAGCUCCAUUGGCUUUUACUAAAGGCUUUAACCCUCAGCAUGUUUCCGACGGUUUAUACGGCCGUCAUUUGCACGUGUACAGCUGGCCCGAUGGUGAGUUGAAACAGACUUUGGAUCUCGGAAAUACCGGUCUCAUUCCUUUGGAGAUACGAUUCUUGCAUGAUCCGGAUAAGGAUACGGGGUUUGUGGGGUGUGCGCUAACGAGCAACAUGGUGCGAUUUUUCAAGAAACCAGAUGAGUCGUGGGGUCACGAGGUAUCGAUAUCGGUGAAGACGCUGAAGGUGCAGAACUGGAUACUUCCGGAGAUGCCUGGUCUUAUAACCGAUUUUCUGAUAUCACUCGACGACCGUUUUCUUUACCUGGCUAACUGGCUUCACGGUGAUAUUAGACAAUAUAAUAUCGAAGAUCCGACCAAUCCUAGGUUGACAGGUCAGCUUUGGGUUGGCGGUUUGAUUCGUAAAGGUGGUCCCGUUUUUGCCGAGGCGGAAGACGGUACUACGUUCCAGGUCGACAUUCCGGAAGUUCAGGGGCAUGAAUUACGAGGCGGGCCUCAGAUGAUACAGCUGAGUUUAGACGGAAAAAGACUGUACGCAACAAACUCUCUCUUCAGCGCGUGGGACAAGCAGUUUUAUCCCGAUCUAAUCGAGAAAGGUUCUCACAUGCUGCAGAUCGAUGUCGACACUGAGAAAGGCGGUCUCGCUAUCAACACUGACUUCUUUGUGGAUUUCGGGUCUGAGCCAGGUGGCGCCUCGCUGGCGCAUGAGAUGAGGUAUCCGGGUGGCGACUGCACUUCUGAUAUUUGGAUUUGAGUUAUUUUGUAAUAAGAGAUCAAGAAUGUUUGGCUGAAAAACGUACGUUUUAAUACAAAGAUGUAAUGAAUCGAAUUAUCGAAUUGUGGUCUUGCAAUAAAUAGUGGGAUUGUUGAUAUGAAA